AUGAAAGUUCUCUCGUUAGGUGGCUAUGAGAAUCUUACUAUAAAGGAAUUUCCAGAGUUACUUAGAAAUUCAAAGAGCUUAAAAUUUCUGGACCUCUCAAAUAACAGGAUUCACGGCAACAUUCCAAGCUGGGUCAUGUCCAAGACUUGGGAUAAUUUGCUCUACUUGAAUCUUUCGCAUAACUUUUUGACUGGUACCAUAGACCAACUGCGGUGCAAAUAUCUGUUGUAUCUAGAUAUGAGUUUCAACUCACUUCAGGGUCAAAUGCCUUCUUCUAUCUGUAACUCAACUUCUCUUUUCAUUCUCGAUUUGUCAUAUAACAAUUUGGUUACCCCAAUCCCUCAAUGCUUGGGAAACUUCAGCCAGAAGCGCUACGUUUUGGAUUUGGGAAACAAUGGACUUUUUGGCACCAUUCCCACCACUUUUUCACAAGGCAACUCUUUGAAUAUUCUUAUGCUGAAUAACAAUCAAUUGCAAGGGCCACUGCCACGAUCUUUAGCUCAUUGUGAAGAACUGGAGCUCCUUCAUUUGGGGAACAACAAGAUUGAUGAUAGAUUUCACAAUUUGCUGAGAAUCAUCGAUGCAUCCUGCAAUGAGCUCACAGGUGUUCUACCUACAGAACUCUUCAAAAGCUUAGAAGCAAUGAGAAGCUUAAGGGAUCACCGUGGGGAAUAUAUGUCAGAAACUGGCUAUGAGCUUGAUUAUUACAUCCAUUCCUUGACUUUAGUAAUCAAAGGAACGGAGUAUAGUCUUGAAAGAGUCCUCAUAGAUCGAACAGCCAUCGAUUUCUCAAACAGCAGAUUUGAAGGACGAAUUCCAGAAAUUAUUGGAACCCUUCAUUCUCUUCUUAUACAAAAUCAUCUGAUUGGACUCAUUCCUCGAGGAAGACAUUUUGAUACAUUUGGGAAUGAUUCAUACAGAGGGAACUUGGCCUUGUGUGGAUCACCAUUGACUAAAGAUUGUGGAAAUACAGGGGCACCACCACCAGCCUCACCAUUCGGAUCUGAGCAACAAUAUGAUCCAGAGUUCUUUGAUGGAUUUGCUUGGAGAGCUGUUGUUCUGGGAUAUGGUUGCGGAUUAGUGCUCGGACUAGCCAUGGGAAGUCUCAUGUUCUUAACUGAAAAACCAAGAUGGUUCAUCCAGAUUGUUGAAGUCAUACAAACUGCGAAAAAGAUCGAGGAACGAAAUAUGUCCACAUACGAACUUGAGAACAGCAAUGCAAUUUACAAAAUUGGUGGGCAAAACAUACUCUUUCCUGCAGCUGUUGUCUAA